ACAAUAUGUAGACAGCUGACUUUGCUUGACAGCAUGCAAUGCGUUGACAGAUGGUGAGCCGAUCAUUUAACAAUUGUAUAAUUCAACGUCCCAUUUCGGGUUCCGGGUUUUGACAUCACUGACUCAAGUGUCAGAGUGUCACAGAGAUUGGAAGUCAUGUCUAUCAAUAUAGAUAUAAAAUUAAAACGUGCGAGCAAAAUAUAUUAUGAGGGGGAAGUAGUUGCUGGUCUGAUAUUGUUAAAAAACAAUUCAGAUGUGAAGCACGAUGGCAUAUUUCUCACCAUGGAAGGCUCAGUGAAUUUGCAGCUUAGCUCAAAGAAUGUCGGUAUAUUCGAGGCAUUUUAUAAUUCAGUUAAGCCCAUACAGUUGGUACAAUAUACAUUAGAUGUUGCUCCAUCUGGAAAGAUUCCAAGUGGCAAAACAGAAAUACCGUUUGAAUUACCAUUAAAACCAAGAGGAAGUAAAUCUCUUUAUGAAACAUAUCACGGUGUUUUUGUAAAUAUACAAUACUUGAUACGCUGUGAUAUAAAGAGAAGUUUUCUUGCAAAAGAUGUGAGCAAGUCACUGGAAUUUAUAGUAGAAGAUAAACCAAACAGCAAAGUAGAAAAAGAACACAGCAAAAUUGUGUUCUUCGAAAUAAUGCCAGAAUCUCUGCAAAAUACUAAAGAUAGAUCUAAUGUGCCAAAGUUUUGCAUUUCUGGAAGAUUGAACUCUCUGUAUUGCAAACUCUCUGAACCUCUGACAGGAGAAGUGGUAAUUGAACACUGCGAGGCUGUUAUAAAGUCCAUAGAAUUACAAUUAGUGAGAGUAGAAACCUGCGGAUGUGCAGAAGGAUACUCUAGAGAUGCGACAGAGAUACAAAAUAUACAAAUUGGCGAAGGCAAUGUUUGCACAAAUCUUGCUAUUCCAAUUUACAUGAUAUUCCCAAGAUUAUUUACAUGUCCUACUUUAAGCACAAGCAACUUCAAAGUUGGUAAGAAUAUUUUUUUGCAUCUAUUUUAUUCUGUUAAAAAAUAUAAACAACAACUUUAUGUAUUCAAUAUUUUUUUCUUUCAGAAUUUGAGGUAAAUCUUAUCAUUUUAUUUGAAGAUGAUUAUUUAGUCACUGAGAACUUUCCUAUUAUACUCUCACGAUAUUAAAAAGUUAUAAAAACAAAUGUUUUUUUAAGAAAUAUUGUAAUAUAUAUGUGCAUGUGCGUGUGUGUGUAUUUGUAUAUAUGCAUAUGUAAAUUUUUUAUAUGAUUUAUAUAAAAUAUUUACUCUCAAUUAUUAUAUGUAUUUAAAAAGAAUGUAUAUAAAAGAUAACAUUUUUCAUAUA